GUCUCCCUCGCACGCUUUUCGCUGUGCUGUGAAUUUCUUCUUUUUUUUGUGUGUGCUAAACAAAUUGUUCAAACGUAUUGCAGAAAUAAGGGCCUUAAUGGCGGUGUAAUCGAAUCACAGUAGUAAACAAAAGUGGGCGGGCAGUGCAACAUAAACAUAAACAUUGGGGAUACCAUAUUUGCAACAUGAGAGCGACCAAUCGCAAUCGCAGAGGCAACAACAACAUGGCGCACCUGCAACAAAAGUCUUCAUGUUGACGUCAACAAAGUGAAAUCCGAUCGAAAGAAAAGUGAUAAACAAGGGGGAGAGAAGGAGAGAGUGAAGAGCACGGAUAGCUGGGUGAAGAGAAAACGUCUAGGAGGAGGAGGAGGUGACCCCCGGAAGUCAGGAUGUACUCCGAGUGGGCCUCGCUGUCCGCCCAAAUCUCGGCCAACAGCUGCGGCGCCCAGUGCUUCAGCGUCCUCAACAAAUUCCCCGCCUCCGCCGGACGCGAGGUGGUCGUCUCCGUGGUCAAGCAGCUGGGCACCAACCUCGGGAUCACCCAGAACGCAGAGCCCAGCCACCUGGUCAAGGACGAGGAGGUAAAAUGGUGCAUGGACGUGAUUUGCUUUGGACUCUCCCUGCCGCUGCAGGAGCACGAGACGAUCAAGGAUUGCGUGAACGUGUACUGCGAGUGGCUGACCGCCCUGCAUCCGCAGCCCAGGAUCAGUGUGCCCAAGCCGAUCUGCGAGGAUGCCAAUCUCUAUGCCCGCCAGAUCAUCAACCACUUCCACAAUCUGUUUGUGCCGCGUCAGGGCGAAAUCUUGCCAUUUCUAUACCAAACCACGCUUGGUGCCGACACCAUUAAGCGGCAGGCAGUGCUCUGCCAUCGGGUGCUGCGUACCCUCCAGCAGACUGCCCAGAUAUCGCAGCUGAUGGACCGACAGACCUGGGACACGCUGCUCCUCUUCCUGCUGGCCAUCAACGAGAUCCUGCUGGCCCCGCCCACCGUCAAGGAUGACGUGGGCGACCAGCUGUGCGAGCGUGUGCUCUCCGUGCUCUUCGAGGUCUGGCUGCUGGCCUGCGUGCGCAGCUUCCCAUCGCCCUCGAUGUGGAAGACCCUGCAGGAAUCGUGCGCCAUGUGGCGACACCGCGUGGCCCUCGUGGACCAGUGGAACAGGGUAAAUCUGGCCCUGACCGCUCGCCUGCUGGAGUUCAGCUAUGGCCCUGCGUUUCCCCAGCUCAAAAAUGCCGACGAGGAUGGCCAGCUGAUACCCAUUGGCAUGUCCAACGAUUGUGUGGCCCAGACCUGGUACCGCUUCCUGCGGAUGAUUGGCAAUCCCACGGCCCUGUGUUCACCGCACAUCAUCAGCAAAUCAUCGCACUUUGUGCAGUGGGCCCUGACCCACGAAAAGGGCGCCGAGACGCAUCAACAUCCCUGCUUGCAGCAGCUGCCGCAGAUCUUCCUCAAUGCCAUGAAGGGCAUAUCCAGCCAGGUGGACGCGUUCCUGGGCGUUUAUCAGCCGCCGCCGCAGCAAACGGAGGGUGUGGUCACGAAUCUGCUGGAAAUCCGGCACUCGCUCAACGAGGCCACCUCCAGCACCCUGCAGCAGUUCAUCCACUCGAGCAGUGCCACGAAUAUAGCUAAUCACGGCCAGCAGAAUCAGGCGAACCAUCAUCAUCAUCACCUACACUAUCCGCAUUUGCAUUUGCAUGGUGCCGGUAGCUUUCUGCGGGACAACUUCAUGAGCAACUCGGCCAGUUCCGCCCUGAACGCCAUCAUGGGUCACCAUGGCAGCCAUCAUCAGCAUCACCAGCACCAGCAGCAGCAGCAGCCGCAGCUCCAGAUCAGCGCCUCGCCCACCAGCAGCCUGUCGGCGGCAGGAAGCUCCGCCGUGGGUAGCACAAGUGCCGGAGGCAGUCACUCCGCCGGAGUCGUGGGCAGCAUCUCCUUCGGCACCGCCGAGUCGGCCAGCAUGGGCAUCAACGCCUCUGCCACGCCCACGCCGCCGCUGCAGCGACGCCUGGCCAAGAGCUUCAGCGUGGCCCCGACCAUCACACAGCAGAAGGGCUUGAGCAAGACCUCGCUUAUUGGCCUCACCGGCGGCGGAGCACGCAACGCGAUCAGCAGCAGCAGCGGCACCACCACCUCCAGCACCACCAGCGGUGCCCCCGCCUCCUCGACGGUAGCCAUCGGUGGUUCUGGCGGCGGAGCGGCAAACGCCGCCGGCCCGGGAAUCCCCGGCAGCACGGGUGCGGGCACGGGGGGCGGAUCCGCUCCAACUCCGGCGCCCACAACACCCACGUCCACGUCGGGUCCGCCGUCGGCGAGCAGCAGCAUCAACUCUCUGCCGCUGACUUCGAUGGGAGCGGGCGUCGAGCUGGCCGUGGCCAGGCCCAAGUGCAACAGCAUUCUCCACGUAUUCCACGAGUGGCUCUUCGAGGCGGCGCACAUCGGCGGCGACACUUGGCGGCAGAACCGCAAGAAGCAAGCAUGCGAGGCCAGUAAGCGGCCGUCGUCGAUGAUCAUGGAGCACCGCAAGGGAUCGAUUUCGCUGUCCCAGCCGAACUCCCUGAACGAUCCGCAGUCGCUGCCGCCCACGCUGACCAUCGACAAGUACGAGUCCGGCCGGGCGGAGGCCAUUGGGACGCUGUGCAAGAUCUUCUGCGCCAAGAAGACGGGCGAGGAGAUCCUGCCCGUCUACCUGGCUCGCUUCUACAUGGCCCUGCAGCAGUGCCUGAAGAUUACGGAGUCGCGGGAAUGCGACGAGACGCUGGCCAGCAUACUGCUGCACUCGAGCGAUCUCUUUCGCCUGGACCUGGACGGGAUCAAUGUGCUGCUGCCGGGCUUCAUUGCCGCUUUGGAGAUCGUGCUGCCCGACAAGGACCUCAAGCUGAAGACCCAAUCGAUGGUCUUCAAUCGCACCGAGCUGCGCCGCUCGGCCAUCAACAUUCUGCUGUCCAUCAUGGUGCUGCCACUGCACUACCAGACGCUGCCCAUCCGGGAUCUCACCAGCGAGACAAGCGAAAAAAUGUUCACCUUCAUUCAGCUGAAGUCGCGGCUGAUGAACAUCCUGAUGAAUGCCCUGCAGGUGGAGACGGAUGCCCAAAACACGCACAUGCUCCUGGGCGGCCUGCUGCUCUGCGUCCAGGAUGCCGUCACCUUCGAGGAGACGGAACUGGGCGGCGGCGGCGGCGGUAAUCCCGCCAGUAUCUCGCACAACUCCAGUGGCUUGCAGCACCACGAGGCCAAUCUGCUGAGUUCCGCGUGCUCGGAGCGUUCCGCCUCGCUGGUCAGCGCUGGCACGGCCAGCUUGGGCGGCCAGACGACGGCCACCAUGGGAGCGGGAUCGGGCUCCAUCCGCGACACCGCCUCCGCCCACGACUACCCCAGCCUGACCAUUUCCGAUGACAUGUCAUUCGAGUUCGGCCAGGAGCUGGAGGGGGUGACCACCUAUGACAAUGCCCAUGCCCUGUUUGUGCGCGCCACGUACUUGGUGUGUCAUCGCCUGAUCUCGUCGUGGAAGACGGAUCUGAAUGUUUCGCUGGCCGCCUUGGAGUUGCUAUCCGGUUUGGCCAGGUUGCAUAUCCGGGAAACAGCCAGGAAAUUUACAAAUGACACCUUAGUGAAAAUAUACGAAGCUAGUCAGAAUCUAACGAUAAUCUCCUCAGACGCUCUAGAGUGCAAGCGGGCCGUGAAGUGGAUCUGCGACUACAUCUGCUAUCAGUGCUCCCGUCCGCCGCCGGCGCACAGCAAGGAUCUGCACAGCACCAUUGUGGCGGCCUUCCAGUGCACCGCCGCCUGGCUGAUGCAGCAUCCCUAUCUGCUGCAGGACAAGGAUUGCCUCCAAACGGUGCUCGAGGUGGUGGAGCUGGGCAUUUCGGGUACGAAGAGCCAGAGCAAGGGCACCGAUAUACCCAAAUUCAAGGACGAAAAGGAGCUGAAACCCGCCUCGAUGCGGGUGCGAGAUGCGGCCGAGAAUCUGCUGACCAUAAUUCUGGAGCAAGUGGGCUACUUCCCCAGCGAAUGCGGUCCAGAGUCGAUAUCCUCGCUGCUGGACGAGCUGGCCCUCAUGAAGCACUGCAACUCCAUGGUGCCGGCGGCGGCGGCCAGCAGUGAGCAGGCCAUUGCCAAGUUCAAGUACUUUGUCACCGAGAACUCCACCAUACUGGCGCUGCUCGAGGAGCCGCUGGGUAAUGACCAGGAUCCGCAGCCCACAGUGACCUUACUCAUCCGUGGCCCCUUUGGCCGACAUGCCUGGACCAUGCAGUUGCGCCACCUGCCACGCAGCAAAUCCGGCAUUAAGUACCACGCCGUCAACCCCGGACGACCCAUACCCAUGAACGAUGUGACCCAGCGGCCGGAAUGCGAGCAGAAGAACUUCCCAGACGGCGUGGACAAGGUGCAGCCCUGCGUGGCGGACUACUCCAUACCCACCAUCGAGCAAAUGCGCGAGCAAUACGGCACGGCAAGCAUUCGAGAGCUGGAGUCAAUGCUGGAGAACCAGAGCAUCCAUGAGAAACUGGCCUGGGCGGAGGCGGACACCAGUGCGGACAGUUUGUCGCAUGCCCAGGAAUGUGUGCCGCCGGCGGUGUGCCACGAGUUCCAUGCGGCCCGCCUCUUUCUCUCGCACUUUGGAUUCCUGGGAUUCGAGACGCGCAAUCCUCACAAUCCGGCCGAGGCGCUGGGCAAUCCGCCACAGCGACCGCUCAUCGUGCUGGACACCAAGUCCACGGCCUUUGCCGCCGACCUGGAUCGUCUGGACAAGCUGAGUGCGAGGACCCACGAUACCGUCUAUGUGUUCUACGUGAAGAGUGGUCAAACGAGUGCCCAGCAGAUUAUCGGCAACAUGGCCGAGGAGCAGUCGGCCAACCACGAUCCGCACUUUGCCAGCAUGCUGCAGACACUGGGCUGGCCGGUCCAGGUGUCGGAGCACUCCGGCUGGACGGGCUUUGCCCACAACUCGUGGUCCCUCAAGGGAACGCCGGAGGAGCAGCAGCAGCAGCUGAAGUCCACUGCCAACGAACUACUGAACUACAAUGGCUCGCAGCGGGUGCUCUACUGGGCGGAUGUGUGCUCGGAAAUCGCCUUCGUGGUGCCAACGACAUGGAAUCUGCGCUACAAUAGCGACACUAGCGAUGGCGGGAGCAUCUCGAGCACGGAUCAAAUGAUUGGUCCCAGCAAUGUGUGGGCACGCGGCGAGACAGCCGGCGAAGGGGCGGCUGGGCUGGCCAAAUCGAAGUCAAGGAAUCUCAGCCUGGAGCUCGACACGAGCCGGCGGGACGCCAAGGAGCCAGUGCCGCCAACGCGGCGGAAGGGAAAUGUGACCAAGCCCACACUGUUGGCCCAGGCGCCGGCCAAGAUCUUUCUGGUGUGGCUGGAGAGCUACGAGGACUACCUGAACUUUCCGCUGGAGGAUGUGCUGGCCUACACGCGCACCGGCGAGGAGCUGCACACGCUGCAGCUGCCCCGUGCGGCCGACUGCCACGUGAUCUUCGUGCACUCGCUGCUCUCCGGUCUGCUGAGGGUGAAGCUGCAGGGUCCGCCGGGCAGGAUGAGCUUCGCCACGCCCCUGGUCGAUGGCAUGGUGCUGAGCCGGCGGGUCGUCGGCAAUCUGGUGCGCCAAACGGCACUGAACAUAUCACGUCGCCGGCGUCUGGACAAUGACAAUUACCAACCGCCGCAUGUGCGACGACGACUCAAGGUGCAGGACAUUGUCCAGAAGUACAAAAUGGAUCUGAGCGAGGCCGAGCUGCUGGGCCACCUCUUCCAGCGUGCAAUUUAGCCUACGGCCUUCGAAAGUAUUAUCGUGGUCCCCUGUCUCUGUCUGUAUUAACGUGUGCUUAACUAAAACCCCACAAACUGAUUCGUAAUCGGUGUCCACUGAGUGUUACCCGAGGGAUAAUCGUAUGCUAAUUAUUAUUUUUGCUAAUAAAUCUAAUUAUACUUUGUAAAAGUAUUUGUAAUAUUA